AAGGUUUAAUACUCUAAAAGUUCUCACCUCCCUCUCUAUAUGUAUGUAUAUAUCCACAGAAAUUUACGUAGAGGGCGGUAGAAAACAAGCAAAUUUGGACGGAAAAUCUGAUCUCCAUUGGCCUCAUUUCUAUCUUCCUUCUCCUGGGUGGUGCUCUUCUUCUUUCCCUUUGUUCUCGGCCUCUCCGUGACUGGGGGUGGGGAGGAGAAGGGAGAAUCAAGAGGUGCCAGUUUUUUCCUCUUUCUUUCAAUCGGUCCACCGAUUUCUUUGGAAUGAGGAGCCCAUCUAUCUGUGAUUUUUAAGGGGCUAACAGAGCAUGCAACACAGGUACAACGUUGACUUACAAUUUUCUUGGAUGGAUACAAAAGCCCAGAUCUAUAGCAUCAUCUGGAGACUUAUCGUCUAUAUAAAGCAUGAAUCUCAUUAGACUUUACAUAACCAUAUGGACCAAGCCAGGGCAUGUGGGACAUUUAAGUUGGGUGAUCAAAUCACAAGUGAUGUCACUGUUCGCUUAAUAAAUAGAGAUGGGAGGCCUGAGUUGUUCCCUUGCCACCUGUUCAUUUUAACAAAAAAGUGCAAGUUCUUUGCAAACUGGCUUUCUCAGCAUCCUAGUUAUCCAAUUACUGAAUCUAGUAACUGCAUCGAAGUACACUGCCUAGGAUCUGAGUAUGAUCACUAUGUUAAGCUCUUGAAGCUUAUCUACCUCCCCGAAGAGUUAGUUUCAGACUCAUGGGAUUCUGUAAAAUCUGCCCUUGGUGUUCUCCAAGCUUCCAUUGCUCUUCAAUGCGAAACAAUCACCAAGAGCUGCAUCCGGUACUUGGAGGCUGUGCCAUGGGAUGAAAAGGAAGAGGAGGAAAUUUUGAAAGUUGUUCCAACCUUAGGUCCAGAAGCCAUGCCCAUAGUGGCCCGGAUGCAACCUGUCGACACCAAUGCCACUAAGAAUGUUUUCAUCUCUGCAAUUCGCUUUGCUACAACCAUUGAAAGUUCAUUUCCUCCAUUCGCAGAUGAACUGAAGACUUCUGCUCAGGAACAAGUAGAGUACAUGCUUCUGGAAGAUGAAGAGACUCCAUUAAUUGCACUCGAUGAAGAUGUGAAGUACGAGGCGAGAUCAGGCCUUGCCAAGAUGUUUACCACUUUUGAGAAGGGACUCAGUUUGCUGCCCUCGGAGUAUGAUCAGUCACCAGAGGUGGCAGAGCAGAGAGUCGUGCAGAACCUAUUGGACCUUGAGUGGAUGUGUAACAUACUCCCAAAAAUGGAAAUGAUGAAGGAUUUUGUUUCCACCUGGGCUUGCAUCUCUGAUCAUGUGCUUGCAAUAGUCCAAGAUGAGAAAUUCAGCUCUGGCUUGUGGGCGGUCAAAGCAAAGCUGAUAGAAGUGACAGGGAAGGCUUUGGAUGCCAUUGGGUAUGGGAAUGUGGUUCUUCCAGCACCAUCCAGAGUCCAGUUCCUCAAGACAUGGCUUCCUUAUAUUAGGAACUUGAAGCCCUUGCUGGAUUCAAAGAAUGCUGAUGAUGAAGCAUUUCCUUACAAGAUGGACGGCGAUCUGUGCCAGAACAUUGAAGGGGCUAUUACCUCACUGGUGCUUGCCUUGCCAUCGAGCCAUCAAGCAGACAUACUCAUGGAUUGGAUGCAGAGAACCGAGCAGUUGAAAUAUCCUGAUCUGAGUGAGGCAUUCGAAGUAUGGUGUUACCGGACCAAAUCAGCAAAGCGGAGGUUGCUGGUGGGUUUCAAUGGAAUACACAAUCCAACCAUCACCUUCUGAAAAGUCCGUAUCUUAAUUUUGUAUCAGUAGGUGAUUUUGGUUGAAUUGUCAUUGUUGCAAGUUGCAGCAGAUGAUAGCCUUUCUUGUCUAAAUCAAUCAUGGUUUUUUUUUUUCUAUUUAAUAGUUUAAGGUAAGUAGUACUUCUGAAUCUCUUCUAAAAUUUGAUUGCAAGAUUCUUCAACUAAGCACAGAUUUUGAUAGGGGAACUAAGUGUUGCCUUCACCUCUGCUUUCUGAGGGUUGGCAAAUAGACCUGUUUAAUAAAUGGGACGGGCUGGGGAUUGGUGAUUAAAGCCCAGUUUGAUUUUUACCCCUCGCAUUGUUUGUUUAUAUUUGAUGUAUUUAUAAGCUUUGUUAAGAAUUGUUA